UACACUGAUUUAACACGGUAAUGCACAAAAAAUCCACUCAUUUCCCACAUCUUCUGGCUUUAUUAUUUCAUACUACCAAAAUUACAUAUAUAAACUCAAAUUGUCAAAAUUAAUAAUUCUAUAACUAGAAUUAUGUAACAAUGUAUGAAUUACUCCCUCAAAUCAGUGAUUACCCAGGAUUCCAAAAUGCAUCAUUACAAUCUCAACAUGUGCCACCUCAAUUCCUGAAAGCAGCAAUCUUUGCUGCAGGAAGUUUUCGGGUACCCGAAUCGGCAUUUGGGAGCAUCAAUGGAGUUAACAAAACUUCCACUGGUUAUAUUGGAGGAAGCCUUAGAAAACCAUCAUAUGAAGAAGUGAGUGAAGGGGGAACUGGUCAUACAGAAGCUGUCAAAGUAGAAUAUGAUAGCAGUAUCAUUUCAUUCUCAUCACUUUGUGAUCUUUUCUGGGAUAUUCAUGAUCCCACUAACAAGGACUAUCUUAAUUUUGGAUUAAGUACCCAUGAAAGAUCAGUAAUUUUUUACUCAACAGAAGAAGAGAGAAAAGAAGCACAAAAAUCAAAGAUUUGGAAGCAAAUGAAGCUUAAUAAGAGAAUUGUCACAAAGAUUUUGUCAAUGGAAAAUUGUGAAUUUUUUUUGGCAGAAAAUCAGUACCAGAAAUAUAAUUUGCAGAAACACUAUAAACUUUGUGGAAGUUUGGGCUUAAGAAGCACAGUGCAAUUUGUGGAGUCAAAUAUAGCUUGCAAACUUAAUGGAAUUUUGGGGAUGAUGAAUAAAGAACAAAAACUUGAUGAACUUGCAAUUUUUCUGGAAAUUCAGGAGUUGCCUAAUCAUGCAAAGUUAGAUUGUGAAGAAAUUAUUGAAGAUUUAAGAGCGCUGAAAGAGAAGUAAUACACAAAUAUGUACCAAGCAUAUAAUGGUUUGAGAUUUUGUUCCUAAGUGUAAUUUCUUAUUGGCCGAAUUAUAGCUAAAGGUCCUAGCUAGCGAAAUGACAGUUAUAAUUCAUCCAAUUUGUUUUAAAUUGUGAAAUCAUUACCUUAUAUAAUUCAAAAUAGAUAAAAAGAGCAUAAAAUUUGUUGAAUAAUUUAGAGUAUUGUAGACAUUAUUCAUGUUGUUUGGUUAAUUUGCUUAGGCUAAGGGUGUUGCAAAUCAAUUAAGCAAAGAAUGAGAGCAAGAAUUAUCUCGGUAUAGAGAAGUGGUCCUCUGCCCGAUAGUCCGCCCGGCAUGGCACGAGAGCGAAGAAAGAUUAAACGAUGUCAGCCGCCCGGCAGGGCGCGAGCGCGCUCAGAUCUAUCUGGGUUGCUUGGUUUCUCUCACCCGGCAGGGCAUGGGGUGGUUCUGACGGUUAUCUUUGUUGUUUGCUUGGUAUUUUGCUCUUAAUAUAUAUGAUUGCUCAUAUGAUGAAGAAAACUGAAUAUUGUUCUUCUUGAAAAACCUUUUGCAAGUUAAUUUUCAUCAUUCAAAUUCACAAAAGCUUAUUUACAUUGUAUUGUAAUUAUCCUAUUUGUGAUUGCAAUUGACCUUCGUUGUA